AUGCAGGCUUGGGGGGGCAGGGGAGAGGGGGAGGGGGGCAUGGGAGGUGCAGGGGGCGGGGGUCCUGGGGGAGGGGGGACUGGGGGAGGGGGGCCUGCGGGAGGGGGGACUGGGGAGAGUGGCAGUGCCGGGGGGGGAGGAGCAGAGUCCGGAGGAGCAGGGGGCGGGGCUGGAGGUGGGGGAGGGAAAGAGGGAGAAGCAGGGAACGGGGAAAGUGGAGCAGGAGGAGCAGGAGCAGGGGGGGCAGGGGGAGGAGAUGGGGGGAGUGCGGGGGGAGGUGGGGGGCCUGGGUCAGCUGGGGCGGGGCAAGGCGUGGCAGGGAGGGGAGGAGGGGGCAUGUCAGGGGGUAUUUCCCCUGGUGGAGGUAUGGUAGGGUCACGGGCGGGGCCUUGGGAUGGGGCGGGGCGGGGGAGGGGGAUGGGGGGAAUGAGUGCGGAGGGCAUGGGCAGGGGUGGGGGUGUGGGACCGGGAAUGGCGUUUGGGAUGGGGGGAAUGGGCAUGGGAAUGGGAGGCUUGGGCAUGGGCAUGGGUGGGGGUAUGGGGAUUGGCAUGGGCAUGGGCAUGGGGAUGGGUAUGGGAAUGGGUAUGGGCAUGCAUAUGGGCAUGGGGAUGCACUUGGGGGGAGGAAUGGGGGUUGGUGGGGGCCCGAGCAUUGGGGCAAUGGGAGGGGGAGGAUGGAAAGAGGAAGGGAAGGAGGAGGGGGAUGAGGGGGGCAAGGGGGAAGGGAAGCGGGGAGCGGGUAAGGGUGAUGAGGGGGCGAAGGGGAUAGGGGCAGAUAAAACAGUGAAGGAGGAGGGUGGGGAGGAGAGGGAGGGGCAGGAGGUGAAGGAAGAGGAGGAGGAGGAGAGAGAGAGCGUUGACUCUGAGCAACGACAGAAAGAGCAAAAGCAGCAGCAGCAGCAGCAGCAGCAGCAGCACCAGCAGCCUGAACAAGUGUCUCACUCUCCCGCUUCUCUCCCACCUCCUGCCAUCGCUCACAAGCAACCGCCACAUCAGCAGGUGCCACAUCAGCCACCACAGACGCCACACCAGCAGCAGCCGCCCGCGAAUCAGGGCAGAAACCGCUGGUCUCACCCUGGAAAUUCACCUGGGGGGCACCUGAACACGCCCCCCCUGGGUCCCCUCUCUCCUGGCCUCCUCCCAGGUGUGCUACCACACCACCAUCCCAUGCCUGGGCCAGGCAUGGGAGGUAGGUUCGGCGGCCACCCAGGCAUGCCUGGACCUGGAGGUAGAGGUCCGGGAGGUGGUAUGGGAGGGCGGGGACCGAUCUUUCCUCCGGGGGGUAUGUGGGAUGGUAUGCCAGGUUCGGGAUCGCCGUUCCUGGGAGGUCCGGGAGGCUGGAUGGGAGGUCCAGGAGGCAUGGGAGGCCCGGGAGUAAGAGGCCCGGGCGGUCCUGGGUUUGGGCCGAACCUGAUGGGUCCGGGAGGAGGGGGAGGCAUGCCUGGGGGCGGAAGAGGCCUUAGAGAUAUGGGAGGGGUGGGGCAGUUCGGAGGGCCUAGGGAUCUCCAUAGAGUAGGCUCGGGAGACAGGCACGGGGAGGGAAGGGGCAGAGGGGAGUUUUUGCGGGAUGGGGAGGUUCGGAGAGGGGGUGUGGUGGUGGUGGGAGGGGGAUUUUAG